CGAUAAGUCAAGUGAAUGAAAUUUAUUGAGUUUUUUUAAAUUUAUCAUGUGAUUAAUUGAUUUAUUAUUUAUUGUGACAGGCCUAUUAUUGGGAAGAUGUAUGGAGCUGAAAACAGGACAAUCCUGGAAGAAAAUUCUCAGAGGCUUGCAUGCACUGGAUCAGAAGUAUGAUUAUUUAGAUUAUCCAUGUUUAAAAUAUUCUAGUCAAAGCCCAGACCUAAAUCAGACCAAGAAUCUUGUGCCAGGACUUGAAAAUGACUGUUUACAGACAAUAUGACUGAGCAAAUGGUAUACGGUCUGUAAUUGUAUAGCGGCUGCCAUAUGCCGGCGCCUCUGGCCACCACCAGCAGGCAAGGCGGUGAAGUGACUUACCAAAGGACACAACAGAUGUUGCUCAAGGACACAACGUCAGAGUCGGACAGAGCAGGGAUCGAACCAGCAACCCACCAAUUAUAGAACAAACUCCUACCACCGUCGCCACCAAGUACUUGGAUAUGUAAUUUUAGCAAAAACUGCCUCUACAAAAUACUGAGUUGAGUGAAAUACAAAUGAACGACUCUUGGCAGAUUUUAAUUUGUUAAAAAAAAAAAUCAGUUUUCCUUACUUUUCCACCUUCUAAAUAAAUCAAUAAAAUCCCAAUACACUUCAGGUGAAGCUUGUGAAAAACAUAAAAAAAUUCAAAGUGUGUGAAUACUUUUUCAAGGCACUGUAGUUCCAAACAGCAACACAACUCACAGUACAUGUCAACGGUUUCUCCUUCCUGCCCAAUGCCUGCAAGUGACACAGUGGCUAUCUAUAGCCUAAUCUAUUUUCAGACCAGGCAGGCAGGACGCAGUUCAGCUCAUACUUAAACUCAUGUAGUGUUAGAGGGAAAAUGGCUGAUCUACAUUCAGGGCAUGCACCAAAUAAUUACUUGGGACCUGUUUUAGAAAGAUGAGGUCUUGGUGUGAACGAUCAUGGAAGCGCCUGAGAGCCUGGGAAUCAGCCAGGAUAUUAAUGCCGAGAAUUCAACUGUUGAUCUGGAGGAAGCAGAGGCAGACUGGGUGAGAGUGAGAGUGGAGGAAAGCUGGUUCCAUCUUAAUCGUGGGUUUCUUGUAAGGCACAGCGACUAUUUCCGAGCUCUAUUUCACUCAGGGAUGAAAGAAAGCCAGGAAGAGGAGCUAUAUCUGAGAGGAGGAGUGCAUGCAAGAGGUUUCCUUAUUGCGCUUGCUGUCUGCAGGGAUGAGAACCCCCCCAUCAGGGACCCAGAAGAGCUUGUUGAAGCCGUAGAGUGCGCUGCUUUCCUGCAGAUUCCCACUUUGACUCGGCAUCUUUGCGACAUCAUAGACUCGGAUAACUGCCUCUUGCUUUACCACGCGGCUUCCGUCUUCGGAGUGCACAGACUGUUUCAGAACGCCUCUCUCUUUCUUUGUGAUGCUUUUGAUGACCUCAAGGAAGCAGCAGAAAGCACAAUUCCUGAAGAGCUGGUCAAAUACUCUCAAACGCUCUCCCCUGCUAGUUAUAUCGCUAUAGGGACCCAUACGCCAUCAAUGGAGCUGCUACAGGACUGUUUCAGGGUUGUUUGCUUCCUUGAUGAAAAGGAAGGGGAGUGGAAGCAUCUGACAAACCUGCCAACUCUUUGCAGUACCUCCAGGGCUGGGGUGGCUGUGCUUGACAAUCGGCUGUACAUUGUUGGAGGAAUUUACGGCUAUGGCAAAGACACAGUGGACAGAAGCUUCUGUUACAAUCCAGAUUCAGGGAUAUGGAUAACUCUUCCAGGCCCACAGCAACCAAGAUACGACUUUACACUGCUUGGGCAUGAGGGGCGUCUAUAUGCCAUUGGUGGAGAAGCUCAAAAACAGGUAAUUUCCACAGCAGAGAAGUACGACGCAGCAAAGGGAGAGUGGACGUUUAUCCAACAUGCACCCAGACCUGUAGCAUCAGCAGCUUGUGCUGUUGCUCGUCAGCGAAUGUUUGUUUGCUUCUGGAAACCCCCUGACACUACAGAUAUUUAUGAGUACAUGCCUUUAAAAGAUAAGUGGAGUCUCACCACCACCAUGAUCAGACCGCAAAGCUACGGCCACUGUAUGGUGGCCCACAGGGACAAUUUGUAUGUGAUGAGGAACGGGCCUUGCGAUGACUUCCUGCGCUGCCUGAUGGACUGCUACAACAUUACGUCUGGUCAGUGGACUGCCAUGCCCGGACAUUACAUAAACAGCAAAGGGGCGCUGUUCACUGCGGUGACAAGAGGGGACUCUGCGUUCACAGUGAAGCACAUGUUGACUCUUGAAUACACCAUCACGGCAAAUGGAUGGAAACCCCACAGACAGAUGAAGGGAUUCCCAAAGAGUGGUUCACUAUGGACUUGUCUACUUAGACUCCCCAAGACCGGACCAGUUACACCAGAACUGGAUGUGGAUGAGAGACAAAGAGAAAUUGCUUUGCCAGACAUUUCAGAAAGAUUUGUGGAUGCUGUACAACAGAUGUGAAGUUACUCCAACUGUGCUAGAAUGAUUAAAAGUCUAAGAGAUUAAAAAUAUUGGAAUACUUCUGGACAUUUUUAACAGAUAAAUGCUCUUCACACAUUUACUUACUCACAUACACAUAAAGAUGUGCUGACACUAAGGUUUUGCUCUGAUUAGCAACAGCUGCUUCUGUGGUUUAGAUCAGGAAAAGCCGCUGUGUCUGUAAAGUUCAAAGGGGUUGAUGGGAUGUUUUAAGCCUCUCAUUCUCUGCCAUUUUCCUGAAGUCACACUGGGACAAUUCAGGAACCAGUAAUUUCCCGGUCAACACAAAGGCCUACCACUCACACACUCCUGAGCAAUUGCUGCUUCAGUGUGCGGUCGCUUGUUUCUGUGACUUAUGGGCUUGUAAACAGUGUAGGAUUUUUUUUCCUUGCUUGUUUCAGUUAAAUAAAAGCAAAUAUUAGGUUUGCAUUAUAUUAGUGAAAGUAAUGUCUAUUAUUACAAUGCCUUGCAAGACUAUUUACAGACCUUGAAUGUUGUUACUGCUUGUAAAGUUACAAUAAAAAUUACUGAAUAACUCAA